UUCGAUAUGAAGCGGACUUUCAUGCGCACUAAGCUGAAAGCCAAGGGCAAAUUCAGCAUGUUUCGGCAGGAGGGCUUCACAUCCAUGUGGCUCACUCUCUGCUGCACCAACGGUUCCCAUGCUGAACUACGAAUCAAGUUUCCGCGAUCCAGUGUGGCCUACAAAUCCACACACUCACGUUCAAACCACCUGACACCGUGGAUUCGUGGAGAUCCCUACGCACAAACUUCACCAUCCGCUGAGGACUUGGUAAUUAACGACAGUCCAACACCCCCGGCGUCUAGAGACACACCACUUUUCUUCUCCAUUGACCGCUGUCCGCCGGUGAAUGGAACUCGUCGAAUGAUAUUCACUUUGGGAACAUAUAGGCCGUCCAAUUUAACGGCUACGCUCUUGGAUUAUGGCUACUACACCUUGAUGUGCGCAUACUAUGAGUACGAGGAACCACCACCACCACCGCCGGAUACAUCGUCUAUCCAAUCCAACAAAACACUUAUUCCAAGCAUUCUGGUGGAAGGCAAGACCUGCCCACCUCAUUUCUCACCUGCUCCCAACACCAAAGCCCAUCUUUUGUUCUACUACCUUCGUGCGGCCUUUAUCCUCUGCAAACCCGAAGGCAUCUAUCGUCAUGACGCCAUUGAUAAGAUUUUGCCCGAUGGAAAUCAGUGCUUUAUCUCACACACCCCACGCGAAGUGAAACGUGCUGAGGGAGUAAGUGAAGAGGGUUUGGAUGGUUCGUCCGAUGAGGAGGAGGAGCAGGAGGACGAAGAGGGCUAUGGAUCUCGAUUGAAGAGGUAUCACUGUCCGUCAGGUUUUGACACCACUGAAUUGCGUUGGUCCGGUGGCAAUUCAUCAUCCCACGGUUUUGGAACGGUGACCAUGUACUUCUGUUGCCGUAAAAGUGUCACCCCAUCCACCAAUGGAUCACCAACUUUAUCACUGACAGACAAGGCAGAUGGUUCCAAUGGCCCUCCUCCCACCUUUCCACUUCCCUUCUACCUUCGAUCUGUUCCCACUUUUGGCAUUAUAAUCCUUGGCGGAAACUGUCCGGAUUACUCCGAUCAAGGAACUAAACUGGCAGCUGAUUUUGUAAGUGUAUCCAACUGUUCUGAGGCGUCUUGA